GUCGAUUUCUUUUUCACUACGUUAUGUAGUUGGUUUUGUGUUUCUAAUAAAUCAGUCCUUUGAUUUUAAAGGAUGUUGUAGCUGGUACAGGUAGUGAAACAAAUUUUUACCUGUUUAAAAUAAUCAAAUAUUUAAUUACGGGCGGAGUAACGUGGUAAACAGUUAGUCAGAUUAGUAGAAAAGGUGUACAAUCAAUUCAUUCGACUAAAAGAAAGAGUUCCGCAGGCAGUCAAUGAAAAAUGGCAUGCUCCAGCACUACUGCGAGCAGCAAUAUGGAUGUUGCGCCGCCGACGAACGUUUCCGUCGCAACGCGACCGUCUCGUUUUACCAUGGAAGGCGUUGGAUCACGGGUUAUUCGAGGCCCAGACUGGAAAUGGGGCAAGCAGGAUGGCGGCGAAGGCCACGUCGGAACAGUGCGCAAUUUCGAAUCCCAGGAGGAGGUUGUGGUUGUCUGGGACAACGGCACUGCAGCAAACUAUCGAUGUGCGGGCGCAUACGAUCUACGCAUCCUUGAUAGUGCUCCAACAGGUAUCAAACACGAGGGCACCAUGUGCGACACAUGCCGGCAAACACCUAUCUUUGGCAUACGCUGGAAGUGCGCCGAAUGUAACAACUACGAUCUGUGCUCGAUCUGCUACCAUGGCGAUAAGCAUCAAAUGAGACAUCGAUUUCAUCGAAUCUCGACACCGGGUGGGGAGAAAACGCUUCUGGAACCGAGAAGAAAAACAAAAAAGAUUGCAGUACGCGGUAUUUUUCCCGGAGCAAGAGUAGUCCGAGGUGUUGAUUGGCAGUGGGAAGAUCAAGACGGUGGUAACGGACGACGUGGAAAAGUAAAUGAGAUUCAAGAUUGGUCUUCCGCUUCACCGCGAUCGGCAGCCUAUGUGGUUUGGGACAACGGUGCAAAGAACUUAUAUCGGGUCGGUUUCGAAGGAAUGGCUGAUUUAAAAGUAGUCAAUGAUAGCAAAGGAACGAAUGUGUAUCGUGAUCACUUACCAGUGUUAGGUGAAUAUGGUCCCGGGCGGGGUCCGCACAGUUUUCAGAUAGGGGACCAGGUGACUGUGGACUUAGAUAUCGAGAUUGUACAAUCUCUUCAGCAUGGUCACGGAGGAUGGACCGAUGGAAUGUAUGAGUGUCUGAAUACCACUGGAAUGGUGGUUGGAAUCGACGAGGAUCACGAUAUCGUAGUUGCUUAUCCAAGUUCUCACAGAUGGACUUUUAAUCCAACUGUAUUGACAAUUGUGUCUUCGCCGGCUUCGUUACUCAAUGAAAACCAGUCGCAGCAGUUUGCCGUUGGAGAUUUUGUAAAGAUUUGCAGUGAUUUGGAGAGAAUCAAAAUCCUUCAGCGAAGUCACGGUGAAUGGGCUGAGGCCAUGCUACCAACACUCGGUAAGGUUGGACGCGUUCAACAGGUAUAUCAUGAUAACGAUCUUAAAGUUGAGGUUUGUAACACCUCCUGGACAUAUAAUCCUUUAGCAGUCACAAAAGUGGCAUCCUCAUCGGAUGGUUCUACCGCAGUCACAACAAACGGAGAACGGCUAUCAGCAAUACUUAAGAAACUAUUUGAACCGCAUGCUUCCGGUGAUACUACCGAAGAAUUGGUAAAGGCUGCGGCCAAUGGGGAUGUCGGAAAGGUUGAAGAAUUUUUGUCCGGCGCAGCUGCUCAGAAUGUCGCCUCCACUUCUACAAGUUCUCAAGAAUCUCCGCAAUUAGUUAAGGUAGACGUUAACGGUGUGUUUGCUGGACACACUGCCCUGCAAGCAGCCAGCCAAAAUGGCCAUCUAGAAGUGAUUCAAGCUCUACUGCGGUAUAAAGCUGACGUUGAAAUUGAGGACAAGGAUGGUGAUCGAGCUGUACAUCACGCCGCUUUCGGGGACGAACCAGGAGUUAUGGGUUUGUUGGCUAAAGCCGGUGCCGAUUUGAAUGCUCGGAACAAACGAAGACAAACUGCUUUACAUAUUGCCGUCAACAAAGGGCACUUUAAUGUUGUCAAAACCCUACUGGAAUUAAAGUGUCACACUAGUUUACAAGAUUCCGAAGGUGAUACGCCUCUUCAUGAUGCGAUUUCCAAGGAACACGAUAACAUGCUGUCAUUGCUGUUGGACUAUGGUGCAGAUAUCACGUUGACCAAUAAUAACGGUUUCAAUGCACUGCAUCACGCUGCAUUGAAAGGAAAUCCCAGUGCUAUGAAAGUUUUACUAACAAAAACCAACCGCCUUUGGAUUGUGGAGGAAAAAAAAGACGACGGUUACACGGCACUGCAUCUUGCUGCACUCAACAACCACGUCGAAAUUGCAGAACUGCUUGUUAAGAUGGGCAAAGCGAAUAUGGAUUGUCAGAAUGUGAACUUACAAACAGCAUUGCAUUUGGCUGUUGAGCGUCAGCACGUGCAGAUUGUGAAACUUCUGGUGCGGGAGAGUGCUAAUUUGAACAUUCCUGAUAAAGAUGGUGAUACUCCACUACACGAAGCAUUAAGGCAUCAUACAUUAUCGCAACUACGCCAAUUGCAAGAUGUGGAAGGCUUUGGGAAAAUAUUAAUGGGUCUUAGAAACAACACCGAUAAAAAAGCUUCCGCCUCGAUUGCUUGCUUUUUAGCCGCAAAUGGUGCCGAUUUGACAAUAAAGAACCGAAAGCUACAAACACCACUGGAUCUCUGUCCUGAUCCGAAUCUAUGCAAGACAUUAAUCAAAUGCUACAACGAACGCAAAACUGACGACAUGGAUAUGAAUGCCACCACAACUGGAAUGUCGGCAACCAGUAUCAUUCGUAGUGGACCAGCAAGCAUGGCUGCUGCAAUUCCCAAUGUCUCGAAUUGCCCUGGACAACUGAUUCCAGGUACAGGAUCCAGUGCCGUUGGCAUUGGGGUCGUGGAUGCAAACUUAUUGAACGACCUGAAUAAAAUGUCAAUCCAACCGACCAUCAGCGGCCAAUCCAAUAACAUCUCAACACCCACUGGCAAUCCGUUGGAUGAGUGUUUACUGUGCUCUGAUCAGAAACGAGAUACAAUAUUCAAACCUUGCGGUCAUGUAGUAUGUUGCGAUAAUUGUGGCCCUCGUAUUAAGAAGUGUUUAAUUUGCCGGGAGUCCGUAUCGGAGCGGGAAACUAUAGGCGAGUGUCUGGUUUGUUCGGACCGAAAAGCUUCCGUAUUUUUCAAACCAUGUGGGCACAUGGUUGCAUGUGACAAUUGUGCUCAAAUAAUGAAAAAAUGCGUUCAGUGUAGAAUGCAACUGGAUCAGAAAGUUCCUCUUUCGGUUUGUAGUGGUGGUCCUGGGCAAGUGAUAACUGUACAGCAUCAGCGAGACGAGAAAAAGGAACAGGGUAACCAAACUGCCUUGCAGGGUAUGAAUAAGAGCGGCCACGGUGUCGCGAUGAACAAUACCAUGUCACCAAAUGUAAGCGGAAUAGGUGGUACACCGACAACUCUCACCACAACGAAGAAGAAUGUCAGCAGCGGUGGUAUCGCCCCAAGUAAUCUAACAGCUAGGGACGACGUUCAAAAACUACGUCCGGAUGACGUUCAGAAGCUUCAACAGCAGCUUCAGGAUAUCAAAGAACAGACGAUGUGUCCGGUUUGCUUUGACCGUAUAAAAAAUAUGGUUUUCCUGUGCGGCCAUGGAACGUGCCAGAUGUGUGGUGAUCAAAUCGAGGGAUGUCCGAUAUGUCGAAAGACCGUGGAAAAACGAAUUUUACUGUUUUAAGCUUACCCUUGCUGCUGUUAUAGCUCUUUCAUCCGCAGAGUGAAAAGCUUUCGACGUCAAUCAAAAGUUUUCUUAUUAUGUUCUAAACUUUACUUCCAUUAGGUAGGAAAUGCAACGCAUAGUUGAUCGUUAAAGCAACAUACAUUUUUUUCUGUUUUAACAAAUUAUGUCUUUUAGAUUUAACUAUUAUUUUCAUGUACGUUACAAAAAUAUCCGUUGGAAUGUUUUAUUUUAUUAU